UUCUUCAGUCAUUUCUGGAAUUUCAUCGGAUGCACUUCUGGAAGAGAAGAAUAUCAUCGUUAUUCAUACGAAACGAAGAAAAGUAUCUAUAAGGUCCCAUUAAAAAAACCUAGACAAGAUAGAGUGCUGUGCGCGCGUAUCUAGCUACUAUUGUGUUCGGUUUAUAUUUGAACAUCAUCAAGUUCGUCGAAGAUUUUUGUUGAUCAUUGACUUUUUUUUAUUUCCUAUCCUCUAUGAUGUUUCUGAUCGUGUAACUAUCAAUGGUAACGGUAAAAAAUCCAUCUUUUCAAUUUAUUGGAAUGUUUGCUUUAGAUAUUUAAAUAUCUUUUUGCUUUGAAAAGAGUUGAAUUUGAAAAAAAAGAAGGUUUCGGAAUUAAGGUUCGAGAUUUGUUAAUAUUAAUUUGAAAGUAAUUGAAUAAAUCGAUAUAAUUGAAUUUGUAUCUGGAGAAAAAAAAAGAUACAAUGUAAAAUUGAAGUGCAAAGUUUAUUCGUGAGCAAAAAAAAUUUAAGUGAUUUUUUUUAAAAUUUUUUCUGAAAGAAAAACAAAGAAAAUCAUUGAAAAUAAAUUGAUUUUUUGAUGAUUCGUUGGAAAUAAAUUUUUAAAUUUUUUGUAAAUAAAAAUAUAUUUAAAAUUUCUGUGCUUAUUUUACUUGUACGAAAAGAAUGUAUCGUAAAGUUAUCAUAAAGAGCAAUAAUUCGCAGUGUGUUUGCAAUAUCACAAUGCAGUUGGUGUUGAUUUUAAGUGUUUUGUUUGUAAAUAUUACUCUAGUAUUGGCUAGUCAGUCGGGCAUUUAUCUUGAUAAUGGAGUCGAUCAAACUAUAAUGCAUCGUGUGCUCGACGAUCAUGAAAAGAUGGAUGUUGAAGAUGAAAUACUGGAUUUUUUGGGAUUAUCUGAAAGACCCAGACGGAGACAUAGUCAUCUUUCUUUGAGAAAAUCUGCACCUCAGUAUCUUCUUGAUGUUUAUCAUCGAUUAAAUGAGGAAGAAAAUGGUGAAUCUAUUCGCUCAAAGCGAGAUGUAAAUGAUGAUAAUUUUAUAACGGAUCUCGACAAGACAGCAAUAGAUCAAAGUGAUAUUAUCAUGACGUUUUUAAAUAAAAACCACCAUGUACCCGAAGUCCGUCACGAGCACGGGCGCCGACUCUGGUUCGAUGUAUCCCAAGUGCCCAGUCAUAAUUACUUAAUGAUGGCCGAAUUGAGGAUAUACCAAAAACCAACUCAAGGUAGAAUGGCGGCAGGAAAUGCUGGCAAAGAAUUUACGAUUGCUGUUUAUGCGAUUGUGCAGGCCGACGAUGAAAGUGAAUUGGAGAUACUGUCAUCAUUAAAUACGACCACAGACUAUCAAGGAUGGCUGGAACUGAAUGUUACCGAAGGACUUGCCAAAUGGCUAGCCAAUCCGACGGAGAAUAAGGGAAUUUAUAUUGGCGCACAUGAGGCUGGCAGUGCAGAACGUGAGGUCCGUCUGGAUGAUAUCGGUUUGGUUCACCAAAGGGGUGUGGAUGAAUUCCAACCAUUUUUGAUCGGUUUCUUUCGUGGGCCAGAGGUUAUAAAAACAACACAGCGUCACACAAGAAGAAAGAGAAACGUGGGUCAAUCGAGAAGAAGUCGAAAAAGCGAAAUGCAUCCACUUUUGGAACAACAUCAUACUGGUGAAAGCAUGAAAAGUUGCCAAAUGCAAACUCUUUACAUAGAUUUUAAGGAUCUUGAAUGGCAUGAUUGGAUUAUUGCUCCUGAAGGUUAUGGUGCUUAUUAUUGCAGUGGUGAAUGCAAUUUUCCACUUACAGCGCAUAUGAAUGCAACAAAUCAUGCAAUUGUACAAACGCUGGUGCAUCUUUUGGAACCGAAAAAAGUUCCUAAGCCAUGUUGUGCGCCCUCAAUGUUGGGUGCACUUAGAGUACUUUACCAUAUAAACGAUGCUAAUGUGAAUUUGAAAAAAUAUAAAAAUAUGAUUGUCAAAAGUUGUGGGUGCCAUUGAAAAAAAAAAAAAUUGAAAUAGGAUAAG